CUUCUCAACAACAGUUCACUUCUCCAGUCGCGACAAGGUGAAACUUCCUACAUUGAACUUCAAGCACUUCAUUCGAACCAUACUUCAAUUGAACGUCGACAAACGAAACGCGUCGUGAUGGCCUCCUCUACUCCUUUCAAGACCAUCACCCUCCUCCUGCUCACCCUACUUCUAUUGACUGCGGAAGUCAGUGCUACGGCUCCCUUCGGUAUGGAACAAUAUGAAGGUUACAGCGAAGGAGUCAUGAUGUUCCAGGGCUCCAUUUACGGACAUGCCAUGGAGAUGAAUGGAACCAUCGAGGAAAUCUUCGAUCGAUUCACUCUCGAGCAUCCCGAAGUUGAACUCGAUUUCAAGUCCAAUGCUACUGCCGCCGGAUUCCAAGCUGAGCGCCGUGAUCUUCAAGGUAGCGAAGCUCACAACAAGGUAGCCCGCAGCAAGUUUGGUCUGCAAUGUUGCCCGAUCGCAGCUUGGGGCUGGACCGGAGCCAUUCAAGUGAUCAUCGAGGAUGGGAUUGAUUAUCUAAACCAUGUUCAGGCACGAUGCGGCGUAGGUGCUCGUUCUUGCGUCCGAGUCAGCUGUUCUUGGAAUGCUGGUAUUUAUCUUUGCAACGAUAACUACUACGGCAUUUUCCCUUCUUGCCCCUACAUCGGCUCGUACGCUCAAGACAUCUCCAACGUCUGCUGGGGAUUUUCACGAGGCAUGGAAGUAUGCUGUGGCCAGGAAUUCGAUACUGAUAGCUACAACGUCAUCGUCAGAUAUGCGAAUGAAGGCUGCUGAGCUUGUUCUCCAACAUGGAAUUGCAUGGACAAAAUGGGAUCUUACUAGAGAAUGAUGCUAGUGAUUGCACAUUUGGGACUCCAAAAGUCGAAG